CUUUGUAUAUGCUCCCAUUUUUAUUCGGGUAUUCACAGCAGUUCCCGACUAAUACCCAAGUCUCCUAAUGAUCCUUAUAUCGCAACAAACGCUAAUAAAACAUCACGAAGUCGAGCCCUUGGAAAAUGACCAAAAAGUGGGCAAAGCACCGGCAGCGCAUCACCAGCCUGUACCUCGACGACAACAAGCCUCUGCAUGAGGUCCAAUCCAUCAUGAAGGACCAACAGAAAUUUACAGCAUCAACAAGAGCAUACCGCCACCGCUUCAUGAAAUGGGGCCUCUCCAAGUACAGCCCGCAGCGGCGGCGAACGUCCACCAGCUCUGCCGGAUCCUCAUAUGACGCGCCGGAGCCAACGAGGCCGACUGUCCCGCUGUGGCCCAGCGUAUCCUACCCCCUGGCAGAGCCGGCGUCUCCGUUGUUUUCGUCUCCUGAGAUGGGUAGUUAUGCACAGGUAUACUCCCCCGAGAGCACGGACACCACGCUCGACACCACCAACCCGUCCUCCCCAGCCCAGCUCGGCACGUACGGCGAGCAGCCACCACCCCCACCCAUAACCGGCUACCCGCCCUCGCCUCCACGGCAGGCCUGGGCCCCGUCCCAGUCGCUCUCCUGCCAGCAACAGAGUCUAUCCUGCAGCGACGGCAUCAGCUGCAUCCUUCCCCCCAUCCGAGCCGCGCAGUGGGGAGAGUGCCCCUGCCCGAGCUGCGUGUUCCCGGCGGCUGCGGCGGCGCUGCCGAGCUUUUGGGAGGUCAGGGUGAGGGACGACGGACAGGUCGGCGAGUCGUUGUUGUGUGGGCUGGAGGAGGAGAACUAUGUCCAUGUGUGCUAUCCGCGGGUGCAGGAUGGGUUUCUGAACACGUUUGUUCGGGAGUGAUUUUUGUGUCUUUUUUGGUGUUUUUGUACAAGUUGUUUUUGGACACCAAUGUCUGUGAUAAACUACUACGUUUGGGAUUCGGUUUAUGAGCGUAGGUCUAAAAUAUGCCUACCUACCCUGUUUAAUAUCUAUCAUUCUCCACUCAAUUAUAUAUAUACGUUUAUAUUCUACAAGC